CGCAUUUUGCGAAUGUACGUAUGUAUAGGUAGCUGUUCGGUAUCGGCACCACGCGUCGAAAAUGUGUAUGCGGCACAGGAACAUUCGUAGAUUUUAGCUGACCACCUUCGACUCAUCCGCACGGUCACGUGUAGUCGACACGUGCAGCCGCCGUUUGCUCGCGAAUUCGCGUCAACGUCGAGCCGAAGUCCGCACGCGGCAUGGACACCGGAAUGCUGCUCUUUGUACUCACGAGCGUCCUCGCCACCAGCUGCUCCGGCACCGGCGACCUCGACCUGGGCACGAUCGUCUUCGCGAAUGUCUUAUACAGGCAUGGAGAUAGGACUCCUAUUGCACCUCAUGCAAACGAUCCUUAUAAGAAUGAAUCGUUAUGGCCAGUUCCAUUUGGACAAUUGACAAAUAUAGGGAAACAUCAACACCUACUUCUCGGACGUUGGUUAAGGAAACGAUACUCCGGAUUUUUAAGCGAUAUGUACACACCAUAUGAUAUUUACAUUCAAAGUACGGAUGUAGAUCGUACCCUGAUGUCAGCCGAGGCGAAUCUCGCAGGUCUUUAUCCACCAGUGAGGACUGAAAUAUGGGAUAACAACAUCUAUUGGAUACCGAUCCCUGUACACACCAUACCGGCAUUGGAAGACUACGUGUUGAAAGCGAGCAAAUAUUGCCCGCGAUACCAAUACGAGUUGGAGAAGCUCUUAACGUCACCGGAAAUAGAACACAUAAAAAAGGCAAACGCGAAGCUCUUUGCUUACUUAACUGAGCACAGCGGGGAUAACAUAACUUCUAUUAGAGCAGUUGAACAUCUAUACGAUAAUUUAUAUAUUGAAACAUUGUAUAACAAAACUCUACCGCAGUGGACGAAAUCGGUGUUUCCAGAGAAGAUGAAACCUCUUGCUACAUUUAGUUUCAUGAUAGAGGUUUACAACAAGAUACUUAAAAGAUUAAAAGCAGGUCCACUGCUUGGAGAAAUGAUAGAUCACAUGGUCAAGAAAGCACAACAUACCUUACAACCUGAUAGAAAGAUAUGGAUGUACAGUGCUCAUGAUGAGACUAUAGGCAAUAUACUUAUGACUUUGAAUGUAUUCGAGCCGCAUCUUCCACCUUACGCUGCUACGGUUCUUAUCGAAUUAAGGAUAAAUUCAAAAAAUCAAUAUUUUGUGACAGUUUCUUAUAAAAAUACAACGGAGGAACCAAUACUUAUGACAUUACCGGGCUGUGAUACGUUAUGCCCUUUAAAUGAAUUUAUUAAUUUGACGAAAGACGUUGUACCUGAGGAUUGGAAAAGAGAAUGUCAAAUAGGUCGAAAUGAGAUAAGUUCUAGCGAUAUCAUUGCAAUUUUAUCAUCGUCCAUAUUAAUGCUAGUUUUAUUGGUCCUAAUAAUAAUCGUCUUUAUAUAUUGGCGAUAUAAAAGAGAACACAGACAGUAUUAUUUUCGCUUAGCAUACAAUGGCUAUAACGAUGCCAUGUAACGGAUAUUUGACUAGCAUAAUUGAUAUGGUAUUAAAAAUAGGUUAAUCGUUGGUUAU